UAUCAAAUGGCUGGUUCUGAAUUUGUGGAAGUUCUAGUUGGUGUUGGUUCUGCUCGUAUUAGAGAUUUGUUCAAGAGAGCCAAGGUGAAUAGACCAUCAGUUAUCUUCAUCGACGAAAUCGAUGCACUCGCAACAAGGCGUCAAGGAAUAUUUAGUGAAUCAACUGACCACCUCUAUAAUGCGGCAACUCAAGAAAGGGAAACUACUCUGAACCAGUUAUUGAUUGAGCUUGAUGGAUUUGAUACUGGUAAAGGCGUUAUAUUCUUGGGAGCCACAAAUCGAAGGGAUUUAUUAGAUCCUGCCCUUCUUCGUCCUGGUAGAUUUGAUCGCAAGGUUUGUAUCUCCUAUUGAAUUAGAUUCUUUAUU